GGUAACUUUUUUCAGAAUAUAGGUUCUAUCAUGGUUUUUGCUAUAUUUGGUACUUUUAUAUCAACUAUCGUAGUUGGCGGUGGUAUAUAUUUGUUAGGAUUGGCUGAAGUAAUUUAUAAGCUAAGUAUAGUGGAGAGCUUUGCAUUUGGUGCAUUGAUAUCUGCUGUGGAUCCGGUCGCAACUUUGGCUAUAUUUUCAGCGCUGGAUGUAGAUCCUAUUUUACACAUGUUGGUCUUUGGUGAAAGUAUUUUGAACGAUGCUGUGGCUAUUGUUAUGACGAAUACCAUCAUCAUGUUAGAUUCGCCUGCCAUGAAAGAUGUCAGCUCCACAGCAGCGCUUUUCCAAGCCAUUGGAUACUUCUGUAUAAUGUUUUUUGCGUCAGCGGGUAUCGGAAUACUUUUCGGUCUUGCAAGUGCUCUUAUGUUAAAACAUAUCGACCUCAGAAAAACACCGUCAUUAGAAUUUGGAAUGAUCUUGAUAUUUUCGUAUUUACCAUAUGGACUGGCGGAAGGUAUCGAGCUAUCAGGCAUAAUGGCAAUAUUGUUUUGUGGUAUUGUUAUGUCUCAUUACACACAUCAUAAUCUAUCACCGGUGACGCAGAUUACGGUACAGCAGACGUUCAGAACUGCGGCUUUUAUUGCAGAAACUUGCAUAUUUGCGUAUCUUGGUUUAGCCAUAUUUAGUUUUAAACAUGAAUUUAAAGCCGCAUUUGUUAUAUGGAGCAUAGUGUUAGUGUUAUUUGGAAGAGCAACCAAUAUUUAUCCUCUGUCGUUAAUUGUAAAUAGAUUCCGAGAACACAAAAUAACACGAAAAAUGCAAUCCAUUAUGUGGUUUAGCGGUCUACGUGGUGCUAUUGCAUUUGCUCUAAGUCUACAUUUAAAAUUUGCCAAUCCAGAAACGAGGCAUGUGCUCGUUACAACAACCCUUAUUAUCGUCUUAUUCACGAUUUUAAUUUUGGGAGGUUCAACGCUUCCAUUACUUAAGUUCUUAAAAGCUGAAAAGAAGCCAAAGGAGUUAUCACUCAGCAAGACAGAGGAAAUGGGCCACGCUGUUGAUGCUGAGCACUUAUCGGAAUUAACGGAGGAAGAAUACGAAUUUAAUUUUGUAAAACCUAAUCUGAAAGGUUUUAUCCGAGUGGACACCAAAUAUUUUAUUCCUUUCUUCACAAGAAGGUUUACAAAUGAGGAAUUACGCGAUGGGCGAAUCCAAAUGAAGCAUCUAACAAACCGAUGGUAUGCUGAAGUAAGGGGACCAGCAUCUGAUGAAGAAGAUGAGAGAGAAACAGAAAUAUAAUAAUAAUAUAUCAAAAAUGAAUGUUCAUAAUAUUUAUGAAACAUUGUAAAUAUGGGUAUGGUAUUGGUGAGGAUUGAGCUUUUGGUGGGACAAGAUGAUGAGCGCCCUCUAUAGAUCGACCUUUUUACUUUAAUAAUGCAUCUUGUAAGAUGCACAUAAUUUGUCUGCAG